AGAAACACAGCCGGGCUUUCUGCUGACGUUCAUGUGGGGAAGUCCAGAUCCGCGGCGCUGCGUUCAUCUGAAAACAACAAGACAUAGUCCACUUACACCUGUCUGCUGCACACGGCUCAUGACACUUCCAUAGAAAACACAAGCUGCGUUAACAUGUUAACAAUGGAGAGACCUCCCUUCAGGCAGAACCAGAUGUGCGGAGACUGGGAACUGAAAGAGAGGCUGGGCAUGGGAGGCUUUGCCCAUGUUUACCUCUACCAACAUAACCAAACAAAUGAAAAACUAGCUAUAAAAAUGUGCCGCCUGGAGCUGACGCCGAGGAAUAAGGACAGAUGGAGCAGGGAGAUCCAGAUCAUGAAAAAGUUAAAUCAUAUCAAUGUUGUGACAGCCCAGGAUGUUCCAGAGGAAAUGAACCAAAUAGCCUUAAAUGAUCUUCCACUGCUGGCUAUGGAGUACUGCUCCAGAGGAGACCUGAGGAAGGUGCUGAGCAAACCUGAAAACUGCUGUGGUCUGAAAGAGAGUGAAGUGCUUUCAUUACUCAAUGAUGUUGGAUCUGGUAUCCAGUAUCUGCAUGAAAACAAGAUCAUACACAGAGACCUUAAACCAGAAAACAUAGUGCUGCAAGACAUCAAUGGGAAGUUGGUCCACAAGAUUAUCGACUUGGGCUAUGCUAAAGACCUGGACCAAGGCAGUCUGUGCACAUCAUUUGUUGGCACGCUUCAGUACCUGGCUCCUGAGCUCUUUGAGAAUAAACCGUACACUGUGACUGUGGACUACUGGAGUUUUGGCACAAUGGUUUUUGAAUGCAGCUGUGGUUUCCGUCCAUUCCUGCACAACCUGCAGCCCGUGCAGUGGGCCAGCAAAGUGAGGAAUAAAGGGCCAAAAGACAUCAUGGCAGUAGAGGAACUGAACGGAGAAGUCAAGUUCUCCACACAUCUCCCCUAUCCCAACAAUCUGAGCAGGACGCUAUCGGAGCCGAUGGAGGCGCUGCUGCAGCUGAUCUUAAAGUGGGAUCCGGUGCAUAGAGGAGGCAAAAUUAACCCUGAAACCAAGAAACCCCUGUGCUUUGAGCUGCUGGAUCAGAUACUGAGUAUGAAGGUUGUCCACAUCCUGAACAUGACCACCGCCCAGGUCCACUCCUUCCAGCUGACUCCAGAUGAGAGCCUCCACAGUCUGCAGAAGCGUAUCGAGGCAGAGACCAAGAUCGAGGUGGUGAACCAGGAGCUGCUGCAGGAGACGGGAGUGUCACUGGACCCCAGAAAGCCUGCUGCACAGUGUGUCCUGGAUGGAGUGAGAGGCUGGGACAGCUACAUUGUCUACCUGUUUGAUAAGAGCAUCACCAAAUACACCGGCCCCUUCAGUGCCAGACGUCUGCCUGAGAAAGUCAACACCAUCGUGCAAGAUGCCAAGACGCAGUUACCUUUGGUGGUGAUGAAGAAGGUGUGGGGUGAAGCUGUGAGCUACAUCUGUGGCCUGAAAGAAGACUACAGCAGACUUUUCCAAGGGCAGAGAGCUGCCAUGCUGAGUCUCCUCCGCUACAACACCAACCUGACCAGGUGUAAAAACAGCAUGUUUGGCUUCUCACAGCAGCUCAAAGCCAAGCUGGAUUUCUUCAAGAGCAGCAUCCAGUAUGACCUGGAAAAAUAUAGUGAUCAGAUGCACUAUGGCAUAUCCUCAGAAAAAAUGCUGAAAGCCUGGCAGGAGAAUGAAGAAAGAGCUGCAGCGUUUGCACAGGUGGCAGAGGUGAGCCAUUUGGAUGAUGAGAUCAUGGCUCUGCACUCCGAGAUAGUUGAGCUACAGAGGAGCCCAUAUGCCCGGCGCCAAGGAGACAAGAUGGAGCAGCUGGAAGAAAAGGCAAUCGAACUCUACAGGCAACUGAAGAUGAAAUGCAAAGUACCUGACUCGGAUGUGAGCUGCGACAGCUCUGAGAUGGUGAAGGCUAUCAUCCAGACCGUCCAGAACCAAGACAAGGUCCUCAAAGAUCUGUUCACACACCUCAGUAAGAUCCUGAUCAGCAAACAGAAGAUAAUCGACUUGUUUCCACGAAUUGACAAAACUCUGGAGAGCAUUAAGGAUGCUGACAACACCGUGAUGCAAAUGCAGAUUAAGAGACAGAGGGAGUUCUGGCACCUACUCAAGAUCGCCUGUGCCCAGAACUCUUCACGGAGCUCAAUAGCAGCCAGUCCCGAGUCAUCCAAUCUGCUGCAAGUUUCUCAGUGGUCCCAGGCAGCACAGCCCGUCAGCUCAGCACAGCCAGUCAGCUCUCCACACCCCCUGACCUCCCUACCAGGGCCAAAUGACAGUGAUGCUGCCCCACGACUGCUGCAAGAGAAUCAGAGGUACCUCAGUCAGCUGACCAGCCUGAUGCAGGAAGCUGCUGAUGAACAGGCCAAAAGCAUAGUGGACCAAGACUGGAGCUGGACCAAAUAUGAAACUUUAACAACAAAAUUAAAAAAGCGAAAUUCGUAAAGGCCGCCCUCCCUCCCCCGCCUGAGUAACACUAAGGACUGCGAGCGAUAACGCGACUGAGCAGUGUCACACAUCGUACAGCUGUACAUGGACUCGGGAUUUUACCGGGAAAACGGCUUUCCUGAUCAUCUCUAAAGAAAAAAAGGCUCGUCUGCCUCCUCCCAUCGUCUCACAUGGUGGAAGUUUGAUUAUUAAUCUUGUUUUAUAUGAAAAAAAAACAAAAACUCUCUCUUCUCCUUUUCUUUAUGCUGCACAAAAUUCAUCACAGUUCACAAAACUGAUGAUUUUGUUUUUUCAUUCAUGGCAAACAUGGAGCAAACUGUAGCAGUUGUAGAUUUGAAGGUUUGAGGAGCAUCAAUCCGAUGGGAGUGGGUUUGACAGGAACACAGGAACUUGUCUGACCCCGUGACAUAAAAGGGAAGCGCAGGAAGUUGUUGGGGGAAGGCGGGUUUGGGGGGGAAAUUACAAUCAAGCAGAGAGCACUUUGAUACUCCCAAGUUUCCUCUCUGUGAAGAGGUGAAGCGUUCCAAUCACCCACCAUCAGUAUGAUUAGAUUUACUGGAAGCUUUUGAGCGGUUGGUUGAAUUUUCUGUAUGUUUGUAAAUAGUGUUAUAGGCAAAAAUCUCGUGGCUGGCCAUUAUGUUUCUAUGAUGUGUAUACUGUACUUGUGUCUCUAACUGUCAUGAACCUUCAGUGGGUUUUCUCAUCUAUGGAUUAUUCAUGCUGUACAGAGCUGAAAUGAUCUGAGCUCCAUCCAUUUAAAGACAAAUAAAAUGAUAAGCAUGUAACCUGUUCCAGAGGAAGUUAUGUUCAGAGUUUCAGAUUAAAAUCCUCAAAAGGUGCCACGUUUUCCUUUCCUGGCAACAUUUUCCAGGAGCAAUUUAGAUUCUCAGCUGAAGUUAGGUAUGCAGUUAGUACACUGGUAAAGUUGCUCUACUGCAGACUAUUCACUGCACUGCCUCGUGCAGCCUUCAUGCAGAAAAUUACAGAUUACAUGAUCCACAUUUGACUGAACUCCCAGUUUAUGAUGUUCUCGUGCACCUGGGGAUCAUUUUCAGCACAGCUGCUGUUUUUGGAUCUCUGAGUGAAAUUCCCGUUAUUCCACCAAAUCAGUCAGUGCGUAUAAGCAGAAGUGCUGAACACAUCUUUUCUUUCUCUCGUCAGAAUGAACGACCAAAGCUAAGCAUCCGCUUUUUGACAGGUGAGCUCUGAAUGCGCGUUCACCUUUAAAUGGACUCAGCAGCUGAUUGGCUGUCACAUCAGAAAUCAGCAGCAGCAUUUUAUUUUCAUUAAGAACUAAAAUUCUUUUAAAGCUAAUCUGCGUCCUCAGCCCAGCUUCGUGGGUCUAAUCAGAGCAAUCAUCAUUACCCUCAUUUAGUAAUGCUCAAUUCUGAAGUGAGUCAAACUUCUUCUGGCCUUCACCGACUCACACCCACACCUCAACGUGAUUAUCAGACAGGAAAAACUCCAGUUUGGAAGCCAAACCUUAAACCAAUGGGAAGUUUGUUUAAAGAAACCCAGACCUGCUCUGAAAGAAAGAAAUUUAUUCCUUGCGUUAGUGAGAAAAUGACUAAAUCAAAGGUUUUCCCCUCCUCACCAAUUCAUCUAUGAGCAGUUUCCUCAGGGUGUGGCUGUAACAUAAUCAAAAUGAAAGGCUGGGCUGAUGAUUCAACACACAGUUGACCAAGUUAUGGGUGUUUGCUGUGUUAAAAACUAGGUUACUUUUUCAUAAUGAAGCAUUUUUUGUUUCACUUAAAAAAAAAAGGAAGAAAAUUAUCAAAAUAAUUUUUGGACGUACUUUAAAUGUUAGUGCAUCCCUAAGAAAUCAUAAAAAAAAAUGCUUACUCUGAUGGUGCACAGUGUGCUGGCUUUAAAUCAUGAAGCUGCACAGCUCACAGUGAUAUGAAGUUUCCUGCUCCUCAGAUCUGACAGGAAGCACAGAACAGCAGUUUAAUUUCCUUGUUUAACAAGUUAAGAUUAGUAGGCUAAUCAUUUCAGCUCUUCCCACAAACAUGAGUCAUUUCUCUCCAACAUCCAUCCCAUAAUGACAGAAUGCAGCAUUACAGUGACGCGGUCUGGGUCCAGGCUGAAUCUGGCUGGCCUGCACAGUCACAUGGUUGCUUUGGGCCAGAGCCAGAAAUUAACCUGUAUUUAUGAAUAUAAAGUGCAAUGGCUAAAAUAAUAUUUUUCUUUUUUUUUUGUAUUUAAACCACUGCAUUUGUUUUCUCUUUGUUUUUUGUUUUGAUGGUUUAAGUUUGUUCUCUUUUUAGAAAUGUGGUUGUAUGAAGAUAAAAUGUUUACCUGGUAAUGAAAUAAAUCACUUUGGCACGA